AUCACACGAAAUUGAGGUUUUUAAUGUAAAACUAAGAACCCAUUUAAAGUGGCUAUUUAAAUUAUUUGAGAAGCGAAAUGGUGUAAAUAAUUAAUUUCAAAUGUUCGCUUUACAAUGAAAUGGUUGUAGUUAGAGUUAAUCAAGUAAACCAUUUAAAUAAAAGUCACAUUCGUUAAAUAAAUCAAAUUACUAUUAGCCAAGAUUCAAGUAAAGGGCAUAAAAAGGUUAACCAGAAAAAGGCAAUUAAGAGGCAAAAAUUAUUGAAAAUGUAAGGUUUUCAAAUUGAGAUGAUUUAACUGAUACAGAGAUGUUUCCAUAAUUAACACACAAUUCAAGUAAUCUUUUUGUUAACUCUAAUUUUAAAUCAAUCUGUUGAAACAAUCUGAAUUACCUUUUAACUUACACUUUUACAAUUUAGAAACUGGACAAUCGAAAGAUAAAAGCUAACAAAAACAAUCGACAUUUUAAGGCCCAAAAAAGAGGAGAAAUCCUAAAAAUAGAUAAAUGAUUAUCAAAUAUCAUUAUUUGAUUGUUUCUUAUUUAAUCAUGUUUGCUGGUUCUCAAUGAAAAUUACCUUUUUGUAUCAACUAAAUCAACUGAAUCAAAGUGAAUCAAACUGAGAGAGUUAAGGAUAAGACUAAUAACAACAAACGUAAAGGUCAAUGUCAGGCCAACAUUUUGAGAAUCAUAAUGAUAAUCAUCAUCACCUUCGUCUUCAUAAUCUAUCAAGUUCUGUAUGGAGAGUUAACGGAAUUUACUGCCCUUAAGGCAAUAUUUCAACCAAUUUUUCUCUUUCUUUUUCUUCUUCAUCACCACCAUCAACAUCACCAUUUUCAUCAUCAUCUUUCUACUUCUCCUUCUGACCUGAAGACGGAUUUGAGCUUAAGGAAGGAGACGGGGUCAGGCUACAGGUAAUACUUGUUUAAACCGGCAAACCUCAUGUUACCAUUCGUAUCAUCACUAUUAUUAUAUUACUAUCAACUCCGAGAAGAAGCAACAGGUAACUUUGUUCAUGCUUGACUCAUGGUUGGCGAAGUGGCUUCAGUUGCUUGAAAUUAUUCAUUUUUGUCCAUAAAAACAACAAUUUACUUUUCAUUUUGUUAUUUUUUGUUUGUUUGUUUCCCUUUUGUUUUGGAUUCUCGUUUGCAUCCCAAUCUUUCCAUUAAUUUUUGGUAACUUUUUUAUUGUGCGUUUCCCAUGGUUGGUGUUUUCAAUCUGUUGGUUAGAUCCAUUGGAAGUUCAAUCUCGACUUGAAAUUAUUGGACACUUUCAACGGGACCCUUUGCAAAUUGGUUAAUCUCUUAAUCUGUGAUUUUAGGAGAGAAAAUCAAUUUUGCUUUAUGUUUUUGUGGUUCUACGAGGAAUAAUAACGUUCAUUUAAAAUUAAUCAACUUACCAUCAAAGUCUUCCCAUGAUUUGGAACAGUUUAUUUAUCGUUUUGUUCAUCUUCUUGCCAAAUUUGUCUUCAACCAGCCAAGAUAAGCCACAUGAAGCAAGUACACCAAAUAAGCGAAUCGUUUGCUACUAUCGAGUUGAAGAAUCAUUCAGACCAUAUGAUAUCGAUCCAAAUCUUUGUACUCACCUAAUUUAUUCAUAUGUUGUUAUCAAGGAAAAUUUCGCAUUCGUUGCCGGUAAAAAAGGUGACUUGAAAUUCCUUGGUCAGCUUAAACAACGUAAUCCUGAUCUUAAAGUUAUCGUUUCCUUGCGUCCUUCUGGUCGAGAGUUUACCUUAGAAGGAUCAGGAGAUCAUCAUGGAAAUUCAUCUGGUCUUGCAAUUAAAACUAGACUUACCCGUAAAGUCCAAGAAUUUAUUCUUCGCCACGAUUUGGAUGGUGUUGAUUUGGAUUGGGAGUUUUUCCGUGACUCUAAAGAAGUUUCAACAAAGCGAGAUUCACUUUUGACAAUUGUUCAUUUAUUGAGAACAAGCUUUAGUCAGUUAUCUUCAGGUAAUUCAGUCAAAGAUCGACUAAUUACAGUUACAACCAGUAAAUAUCCGAGAGAGCUAACAGAUAACUAUGAUUUUGGUAAUCUUCAUAAAUAUAUUGAUUUUGUGAGUGUCCCUGCUUACAAUUAUGAUUCUGAAGGUAAAUCAGUUAAGCAUCCAUCUCGACUCCAUGGUAUUUCAGAUAUGGAAAAUAUGGAUUCAUUGGUUGAUUUAGUUUUGGCUCUUGGUCUUCCCGCUGAAAAAUUGAUAAUGGGUGCACCAGCUCAUGGUAUUUUGUACAAGUUGGUCAACACGAGUCAAACAAUUCCUGGAUCACCUGCAAUUGCUUGGAACAUUAAUGAGGCUAUCAUUUCUCACUCGAAGAUUUGUGCUGUACGAGAUAACUCAAAUUGGACAAUGAUAAGGGAAAAGGAUUUAACAGCACCUUAUAUCUAUUUCAAGGAUAAGUGGAUUGGUUUCGACGAUGAAAUCAGUCUAAAGUUGAAGACUAAAUACUCAAUACUUCGUGGUCUUGGUGGUAUUGCUCUAUGGUCAGUUAAUGACGAUGAUCCUCAAGGUAAAUGUGGAUAUGGUCCGUUCCCACUUUUACAAGCUAUCAAGUCAGUUUUGGUUUUACCAACCGAUCAUAUUAAUCAGCCUUACAGCAGAUUAACUUUUGUUAAACCAAAUCGAGACAAUUUUGGUAUGGGAACAUCAUUUGUGGAUGUUGUUGAAAAGUACGGUAAUGUUGAAAGGAUUGUGGAAGAAGAUGAAAGCUCCAAGGAUGAGUCAAACUCUUUACCAUGCUCUGAGUCAGGUUAUAUGAGACAUCCGAAAGAUUGUUCCAGGUUUUACCGGUGCGUCCGGUAUGAUGAUAGCUCAUCUGAUUCAUCUUUAGUCAAAUUCCAAUAUGGCUGUCCACAAGGUCUUCUCUUUGAUGAUAAAUAUGAAAUUUGUAACUGGCCUUCUUGGUCACCUCCUUGCAACGGAUCUGGUGAAAUCAUGGUUGUCACCAAAAAAACAUUUUCAUGUCCAUCAUAUGGUUAUUUCCAGGAUCCAGAUAAUUGUGAAUAUUUUUACUAUUGUUCAGAUUUUGGUAAAGGUCAUUUUCAAGGAUAUGAGUUUAAAUGUCCUUUCGGGCUCGGUUUUGAUGAAGAAAAACUUCUUUGUAACUGGAAAUGGCUUGUUCGAGGUUGUGGUACUUCAGAGCCAGAUGCUAAUAGUGACGGAUCAGCUAAUUUAGACGCAAUUUUGUCCAAUUUCCCACCUUCAUUCCUUUCUUCUGCAAGUGAAUCAGCUGAAAUCCAUUCGAGAGGAGAAGAUUUAGCUGCAAGUGAAGAUGACGAUUUAUUAGCAAGAUCAGAUGAUUCGGACGAAAUUAAAUAUGUGAAUGGAGCCACCAAUGGUCAUGGUAUCCCUGCUGAGCAUAGACAAUUUGAGCCAGAAUUACCUAAAUCAAGGCGUUCUUUUGCCCGUGCUCUUAAAGAGCAUGUUACUGAAUUCGUCGGUAAUGUUGGAAAUAAAGUGAAAACAUUAUUCGGUGGAUCAGAUGUCUCAUCCACUCAUCAUCAAAACCAACAGUCAAAUUUCAAUCACCAAAAUCAAAUACCAAAUAUUCAAAAUGGUCCAAAUAAGCCGAUCUCUAACCCAAUAACUCCUAAACCAGUCAACGCUGAUACUUACACUCAAAAACCAACAGACGAUACAUUUUACAAGUCUCAAGGAAGCGGUAGCUAUUUGGCCAUUUCAGGCCAUAAACAAUCUCAUUAUGGAGUAGCAUCGCCAUUAGCUUCAGAGUCUUCAUCAAUUCCAGUAAAUAGACCUCAAAUUUCCAAUCCUAAUAAAAUCCCGACAGCAGCAGCUUCAGAAACUUUGCCAAUCAGCAAAAACGGUUUCAUUCCAAUUCAACCAGCAAGUUCACAAUUUUCUCCAUCUUAUGCUGAGAAACAAUGGGCAAACAAUUUAGCUGAUAGUUCCAAAGUAGUCGGCCAUAGUGGUUUCAGCAAUGUAAAUAAUAUGCAAACAUCAGGAAGUAACAAUGAGUAUCAUUACUAUUCAAAUCCUGUGGAUCCUUCAAUGGAAGUUCCCAAUUUCGUUAAAAUUGUCGAAUUACCAACAAGUCCAUCACCUUUACCAUCAACGACAUCUUCUAACAUUAAAUUUACUACCACCAAAAAACCUCAAGUUUUAAUUGUUCCAGUUCCAGAUAGUCAACCACAGCCCACAAACAUUGAUGAAUUUGAAAAGUUAGCUUCAAUGUAUCCAAAUCUUUUCCCACAAGGACUUGAUUUCAACCGGAUUAUAACAACUAAACGACCAUUUGGUAAACCAAACAGCAAAGAUGAUGUUGUUUACGUCGUUGUUGAUGAUAAAAAUAAGCCAAUCGGAGGCCCAAUCAAACCUAACGGGGAAGGUAAUCAAUUUUAUGAUGAAAGCAAAAUUUCAUUUGACGAACUUCUUCGUAACCCUGAACUUUUAUCAGCUUUAGCAACUCAACAAGGUUUCAAUUAUGAAUCACUAAUUGGAGCCGGUGGAUUAGGUCAACGAAUAUCACCAAGCCAUCCCUCAGGGUCACAAUUCGCUGGUAAUCAAUUACCAGGUAACUGGAUUAAGCAUGAAGAAGUAAAACCUGUCAAUGAAAUAAAAUUUGUCCCAACAGUCAGUCAAUCAAAGCCAAAGCAUAAUAAUAGGAAACCAACAGUUGCUCCAUUGACAGUAACAACUGCUAAGCCAAGAUCCACAACAUCAACAGAAUCUAGUGUGAAUCGUCGUCGAACUUCAACAACCACAACGACACUUCCACCAGUAACUCAAUAUGAAAUUAAGCGCACAACCAAAAAACCAUCAAAACAUUCAGCAACUCGAACCACUGUGAGCUCAACAACGACUUCAACAACAACUACAACAACGACUGCAGCACCGACAACAAUUUCUUCAACCUCGACUUCAACAACUACACCACCACCAACAACAAAUAGUCCUCCGUCAUCAACAACAGUUGCUACACCAGUAACCAGUCCAUCAUCAUUAUCGAAUGGCAGUCUAACGACGGAUGACAAUUUCUUCCUUGGUGCACAAUCUAUACCACAAGCUUUAUAUGAAUCAAUUCAAGCAGUAAUAGCUCAACAUUUAUCACAAUCAGGAGUUACAACUUCAACAACUACACCAAGUCCGACUUCAUCAACCGGGUCAACAACAGUCAAUUAUGACGGCACAACAAUCGAUUCACUCAGAGUAUCAAACUCACCAUUUUCACACCAAACUUUAAAUAACAUCAACAGUAACAACAACAACAACAACAAUCAACCUCCAGCUUAUCACUCGUACUAUUACCAACCUCCUGGUUCAAAUGAGACCGUAGUCUAUGGUCAAGGCUGGCCUUCGUAUCAACCAUCAUGGUAUCAAUAUGCUUUCCCACCUUCACCCAUUUAUCCAACUGGACUCAACUUCACCAAUCCAUUGGGAUCACCUUAUUACCCAUUAGGUUCACCUUAUCCAGUUCCUAUGUAUCCACCACAUCACAUGAACUAUCAACCUCAGCCAAUUUCUGGCUCCUCAGCUAGUGGAUCUGCACCUUCUGGUAGCUACUUUGAUCUUCAAUAUGUAACACCUUCAGAUGUAACAGCAUCACCAAUAUUUAAAACAUCUGAAUAUCCAGUUCCAUCAACUCUAUCACCAAAUCUUCAUGAUAAAUAUGGUUUAUACGAUGGUUAUGACUAUCAUGUUCCAAAUAUUCAUGGGGGAUAUGAAGCACCAAUCGGUUCAUUUUCAACUGAUUACAUGCGAUCAUCAACUUCACCAACAACUUCAACCACCACAACUACUACUUCAACUACAACAACAACCACAACCACAACUCCAGCUCCUCAAACUACUCAAAAAGCUUCAACUGAAACGGCAACUGAAUAUAUCACUGAACGUCCAUUCGAUAUUUUACGAAACAAAGGAGAUGCUCCUCAAAUCCAGGUUUACAUUGUCCAAGGAGCCAAUGGACCUCAAGUGAAAACAAAAACAGUCCAUCCUCAUCCUCACCCUAAACCUCAACACCAUCAUCAAAAAGUAAAUGAUUCCCCUAACGUAAAAGUUUAUGUUAUUGAUGAAUCAAAGGAACCAGGGCAAAGUGAAUCCAUUCAAGAUAUCAGUAAAACAGACAGUCCUUAUGGACGUCCAAUUGGAGCUGAAGAGUUAGAUUCGGUACACGAAAUUAGUGACAACAAUAAUUACAAUUAUGAUAACAAUAAUAACAAUUAUUACUCAUUCUCAUAUGAAACAAAACCGAGAUCAACUACACCAACUUAUCCAUCUUAUCAAACGUCAACUGUAAAGCCUUCAGCAGAAGAUAAUGGAGCUUCAUCACCUUCAGCAGGUUAUAAUCAUUACAAAGACAUUGAAUAUGAAGAUGAUUCAUCAUACUCUGGCGAUUCUUACAAUACGGAUAAUGGACAUCUUCCUGCAGCUAAAGUUAACUCUUUACAAAGCUUAUACAACUCAAACCUUUAUCCUGGUUUAAGAAACUUCACUGAUGGUUCAGUUCCAGAAGCUGCUUGUACUCGACCUGGUCUCUUCCAACAUCCAGGAGACUGUAAUAAAUUUUACGAAUGUUAUUGGGACAAAUUUAUCAACAAAUUUACUCUUCAUCUAUUCGAGUGUCCGGUUAAAUUAGCUUUUGAUUCACGAAUCGUUGGUUGUUCAGCACCAACUGAUCCAACUGUUUGUGUUCAAUACUAGGAUUGGACCGAAAUCUAUUAGAAUACUUAAUUUUUAAAUGGAUUAAUCAAUCAUUUUUCCAUCCCAAACCAACGCUCUCACCACCGAACUUAAUUAACGACCUUUUCUUUUAAAAAUUGUAUUUCUUUACUUCUAUUCUCGUCACUAUCAUUGUUUAAAAAAACAGUUAAUUUUGCUCUAUUGUUUGAAAAAAAGUGUUAUCAACAUGAAAUUCUAUCAUCUGUUGAGAAUAAGAAAUUUUUAAGUUACGAUCAUGUGAUUGAUGAUAGUUUCAAUUAAUUUAUUACACAUUAUAUUUUAUAAUAAAAUUUAACACAUUAUUUAAACCAA